CACCCACCGGAGCCCCCGGGAACCUCUCUGUCCAAGGCGGAGUGUGAUCCAGAGCAGGGGUUUCUCUUGCUGACUCUUCAGUGUUCCUGGGGCAGCCGGGAAGAUGGUGAAUGUUCUGAAAGGUGUUCUGGUUGAGUGUGACCCUGCAAUGAAGCAGUUUCUGCUCUACUUGGAUGAGUCAAAUGCUUUGGGAAAGAAGUUCAUCAUACAAGACCUGGAUGAAACUCAUGUCUUUGUCUUAGCUGAGUUGGUCAACUUCCUCCAGGAGAGAGUGGGCGAGCUAAUGGACCAGAACUCGUUUCCUAUUACUCAGAAGUGAGAAAAAACAGAGAAAUUAGAUUACUGCAAGUUUUGGAACAGUGAAUUUCAAUAGUUUGGGUUGUUACUGUUUUAAUAGAUAACACUGUGGCAUGUAAAAUCUACACAGAAGUGGCUUCUAUAGAAAAUGCAUCAUUUUCAUGGACAAAAUAGUCUGGAAUUGGAUUAUGUUUCUCAUUUUGAAAGAAUGUGGUAUCUUUAUUAAACGACUUAAAAUUAUACACUUGAGGAGUUCCCUUGAGAAUUUUUGAUGCAUGCUCUCUGGUUUUCCUUUAGGUUUUUAUCUUGCAAGAUGACGUGACCCAAAAAAUAGAGCAGUGUUUCUGUACUGGAAUGCUGUAUGAGGUCUUCUGACAUGUUGUGUUCCCGUGUGUGAUUGAAUCUGAUUAUAGCAUGACUGAUGGAAAGUAAAGAAUGUCUGUUGAAUCUGUGCUUGGGGGAACAUCUCUAAAUUGGAGUCAUGGUCAGAUACUGCUCUAACUUGAUGAAUUUUAUACAGCAGGAUGAGAGUUGGUCUGAGUGUUUUGUUCUGUUGUUUGGGGUUGGGAAUGUUGUGGUUUUUUUAAAACAUGUUACAAAUGCCCCAUGUUCCUUCUCUUAUGGCUUUUACCAAGACUGUACUUUCUUUCUGAGUUGUUCUGAGUUUGGGGAGAGGUGGUGGGAGUUUGGAGGGGAAGGAGGGAUAUGGAGGGAUUGGGACAACAAAAUCUAUUGCUCUAGAUCAUCACAAAUUAAAGGGGUAACAGAAAUGGGAGACCAGUCCUAUAGAUAUAAUUGUUUGUAUUUUUUCACUGAAGCUGAUAGUCACAAUAAGUUAUGUGAUCAGACUCCCAUGCUCUACCUAACAAACAAGAAAGCUGGGUUUGGAUUUUUGCUUAUGGGUUGUUUUUUUUUCCUUCAGCUUAGUUCUUUUUCCCAUAUUGCCUUUUGCUGCAAAGAAAAAAGCUUUGUAGUGUUAUGGUUUUGUUGUUUGGGUUUUUUUUUACACUGUAUUUGUAACUUUAGCUCAGACACUGGCUUGGUUUUCAGACCUACUGGUGUAUAUCAGAUAGAUGCCACCUUUUUGUCUUUGAGAAAAAUAACAAGAGUAAAGAGAAAGGCUUUUAUAAGGGACAGUUUUCCUUACUCUCCCACUACUGCUUGUUUUCUCUUGUCCAGUAGAUAUUGGAUUAAUUGGUAGGUUUGUCCUUGUUUUUUGUUCAGAUUGGUUUUUUGGUUUGCAUUUUUUUCCUCAGGAAGAGGGAAUCUUCAGGAGAAAGUUUUGCUAGAUGUUUUUAAUCAAAAAGCUGUCCAAAGAAAGUUCUGCAGAGUUAUGUAUGUUCAGGCUCAUGUGGAUGAGCAAAUAGCCCUGUAAAAUUUAACUUCAUGACAUUUCUGGUACCUUCCCUUUUCUCUGACUGUAUAGAACAAUGAGUUUGGGUCCAAAUUGUUUAAACUCUUUCUUUCACAAGUGGGUGCUUCCCUGGUCAUGUAGAUUAAGAACCAGCUUUUGUCUUUACCUGAAAUAAGAAGUUUAAAUCUUAUUUAUAAAUACUUUAUGGUUUCUUACCUCUUUCUUGAGAGAUAAGAAGUCAAUCUUUCUUGAGAUUGAUCUCAACAGACUGAUGAAACAUUGACCUCAUAACUGUUAUUUUUUUGAAGAUUAUUGGGUGCUCAUUUAAUGGAGAAAUAUUCAGUAGUUUUACAUGGCAUUGUAGCUUAGGAAACAGACACUUCUAAAUAUAUUGUAUUUUCUUUGGAAUCCUAGUUUGUUUUCCAUCCAGAUUCUGCUGAAAGGUAAAUUAUCCAUCACUUUCUUCCAAUUACAGCAUUUGAAAAGCCAUGUUUGGAAUUCCACAUGUUAAGCUUCUCUGUAUUUUGCAUGUCUAUUGCUCCAUUUCUAUUGUGACUUUCCUUUUCAGUCUAUAAUAAACUUCUUGCAGUUCUUGUCUUUUUCUCCUGGUUAACUGUACAGCUUUGCUGCUGUAUUCCCUGUGUUUUAGCUUAUAUUUACAUUUGAUAAAUGGCUUAUGCAAUACAGAGGGAUAGAAGUUUCAAACUGUAUAAACUAAAGAGUUGGGCAUGCCUUCUUAUACACUCUGCCCACAAUUUGUUUUUUUUUGAGCAAACAAGAACUUUUAACUUUUAAACCUGUCAAUACUUUUGAUCCUUCCUGUAGCCUAACAAGGCAUAACCAAUUCUGUGCUGGAAUAAUAAACAAAAGAUGUAAAGAUCUAAGUUGGUAUCAUCAUAUGUAGUCUAAGGAGCUGAGUUCACUGCAGUUCCUAGAGAAAAAAAGAUCUUGAAUCAGUAGCAUGGUGAAGGAAAUCCAAUGAGGAAACUUUUAGAAAUUGAGUAUGUGUAUGAUUUUAAAAAGCAAACAAACAAAAAACCCAAGCAAUGGUUUCUGUGAUUUGAAUAAACUUAGAUCUCUGAAAGGUUUUGAUUGUUUUUAAAUGCAUGUAUUCCUAGAAAUUACAUGCUUCAACAACAACAAAAAUAUUUGCCCAGAUGGGAGAAAAGUAGAUACUAGUGUUAAAAAUAUCUAUACAUUUUGAGCUAAUCAGCAUUUACAUGUUUAUGCUGGUUUUCAUUCAGGUGUGAAAUAUUAUUGGUGAGUACAGCUUGGAAUGAACACUGUGUUAAAGAUAUAUUUUUUAAAGGCUGGAAGCAUUUGAGAAUAAAAGCUGUAGGAGAUCUGUUGAAGUAUAUCCAUGCUUUGAUAAUAGGGUUGAUAGGGUGAGAAGAGCAGCUCUCACUGAAUUUGGAAUAUUGUAUGUUAAUUUAAUGUUUGUAUCCAUAACUAAUAUAUUCAAUUUUUUUGCUAGUAUCUAUCAAAGAACUACAGUGCUCUCAGGUCCUGCUUGAGCAGCAAAAAUAGAGCCUGAAUGAUAGACUUGUUGCUGCUUGUAAAAGCACCAAAUUUUAUCGUGGAGGGCUUUCACUGCUCACUUUUUGCUUUCAGUUUGAAUUGCAAGUAUUUUGUGUACUGGAAGAAGAGCAUGUCAUCUGAGACACUUAGUUGAACUUCCUUUAUUACUUGCUACUUAUUUAUACUUAGAUCUAAAUACAUUGCAAGUUCA